AUGAUUUCCCCGUCUCAGUGGUGUUUCGGGUGUGCUUUGUGGUGGUGUUGCGGUGGUGUUGCAUCCCAGCUUUUUGUGGGCAGCCGUGGUUGGAUCUCUUUCCGCGUUUCAGGUUCCCUUUGCUGCUUGCUGCAAGGCCCCAGUUCCAAUACCUACCUUCCCCCUCCCGUGCCGUGCAUGUGUCGCAGCGCAGCCGCGGGCGCCUGUUAA